CGUGUGCACCGCCCCCACCCCGGCGCCCCCACCCCGGCCCCACCACCGCCCAGCCGCCCAGCAAUCGGCGCCUCGGCCCCGCCCCCAGCCACCGCGCAGGGCCCCGGCCCGCCGAGGUCACUUAGGCUGGUUCCCGGGCUCCGCUCGAUUCCAGAACUUUCCGGAAAGCUCCGCGGUCUUCAGUAGGUCAAAGAACGGAGCACGUCACUUCCGGGCGGGGGCGCAGGACGGCACCUCCCCGCGGCAGGCUGCCGAGAAGAGCCGGAAGGAGCCUGCGGCCCGGCGUCAGGCGCCUGCGCACAGACUCCGGGCGAAUCGCGGCGCGUGGAGUCGCCGAGGGGCGGGGCGUGAGGGGCAUGCGGGGCGGGGCAGCGGCGCGCCUGCGCGCUGGGCGGCCCUUUGGCGACUUCAAGUGUCCGGCCCGGGCUGCAGCUCUCUCCUUUGGGCUUGGCUCGAAAGCGCAGUUUGCCGCGGCGUCGCAGUCAUGGCCGGCCAGGCGUUCAGGAAGUUCCUUCCCCUCUUCGACCGGGUCCUGGUGGAGAGGAGCGCGGCCGAAACUGUGACCAAGGGAGGCAUCAUGCUUCCAGAGAAGUCGCAGGGGAAGGUGUUGCAGGCGACUGUGGUGGCCGUCGGAUCCGGCUCCAAAGGAAAGGAUUUCUAUAAUUGGCCUGAUGAAUCCUUUGAUGAGAUGGACAGUACACUAGCUGUUCAGCAGUAUAUUCAGCAGAACAUAAGAGCAGAUUGUUCCAAUAUUGACAAAAUUCUUGAACCACCUGAAGGCCAAGAUGAAGGUGUAUGGAAGUAUGAACAUUUAAGGCAAUUCUGUCUUGAGCUAAACGGACUUGCUGUCAAACUUCAGAGUGAAUGCCAUCCAGAUACGUGUACUCAGAUGACAGCAACUGAGCAGUGGAUUUUUCUUUGUGCGGCUCAUAAAACUCCAAAAGAGUGUCCUGCUAUAGACUAUACUAGACACACACUUGAUGGUGCUGCAUGUCUUUUGAAUAGCAAUAAAUAUUUUCCUAGCAGGGUUAGCAUAAAAGAAUCAUCUGUAGCGAAACUAGGAUCAGUAUGCCGUAGGAUUUACAGAAUAUUUUCACAUGCUUAUUUUCACCACCGGCAGAUAUUUGAUGAAUAUGAAAAUGAAACAUUUUUGUGUCAUCGGUUUACUAAAUUUGUGAUGAAAUAUAAUUUGAUGUCCAAGGAUAACCUGAUUGUACCAAUUUUAGAAGAGGAAGUUCAAAAUUCAGUCUCUGGGGAAAGUGAAGCAUAAAGGGAAUCAUAUAGAAAAAUGUACUGAUCACAUAAUUAACAUUAAUUAUGUGCUGUAUGUAUCCAUCAUUUUAGACACAUCAAUCAUGUAUCCAUCUAGCUUCUUUGUUUAGUAUAGGUUUUUGUAUGCUGUGUGUUUCCUUUUAAAAUGAGAAAUACUUUAAGUUAUUCAUGAGCUGUAUAUUCACCAGUGUGGCACUCAUGGUUUUUAAAUAAGAAUAGUAUUAUCUGUUUAUAAUGCCUGUUAAUAAAAGAAUUUACAGUUUGGUAAA